UAUCAACCAUUUCUUGAAGAAAGAAACAAGUCACCAUGCCCAUCCCUCUGCUGGCGGAGGGCGUCGGGCGAGGAUGGUCCAGCAUCCCGUAUCUUGGUACGGCUUUACAAGCAGCAGCAAUCAUCGGGGUUGUCACGCUGCUGAAGUUGUACUUUGGAGGAGCGAAAUGUCGUGCGGAAAGAGUAAUGCAUGGCAAAGUUGUAAUGGUCACUGGCGGUACAGCAGGUGUCGGUGCUGCAGUCGUGCAAGAACUGGCCACUCGAGGCGCCCAGAUCAUCCUCCUCACACACCACGCUCCCUCUGACCCGUUCCUGGUUGACUACAUUGAAGAUCUGCGGACUGUGACGAACAAUGAGUUGAUAUACGCCGAACAGGUGGAUCUCUCCUCUCUACACUCAAUACGAGUCUUUGCGACGAAGUGGGUAGACAAUGCACCGCCGAGACGCCUGGACAUGAUCAUUCUCUGUGCGAAUGUGGAAACACCAUACUUCGGGACGGGGCAGAAGACGAUGGACGGGCUUGAGGCCGAGUGGAUGAUCAACUAUCUCAGCACUUUCCACCUGUUGAGUAUUCUCUCGCCAGCCAUACGGGCACAACCUCCAGACCGAGAUGUCAGGAUACUCUUCAGCACGUGUAGUAGCUACAUUGGGGGGAAGUUGAACUUGAAGGGAACGGAAAACGUGACAAAGUCAGGAGCCACUUCUUACGCAAGGAGCAAACUUGCGACCAUGACGUUUGCCUAUGCAUUUCAGAAACAUCUCGACGCUUACAAGAGGCCCGACAACGCGAAUAACAACGCCAGAGCCUUCAUCAUUGAUCCUGGUUUCUGCCGCACCCCAGGUACGAGAAGAUGGCUUUCUGGAGGUCUGAUAUGGGGUCUCUUGCUGUACCUCGUCACUUGGCCAUUGUGGUGGUUGAUUCUCAAGUCGCCAGUUCAAGGUGCUCAGAGUUAUCUCCUGGCUGCGAUGGAAGCCGAAUACGGACGAGGACCUGGUGGCAAGAUGAUCAAAGAGUGCCGCGAACUCGAACCCUUCAGGCCAGAUGUGAAAAAGGAAGAUGUGGCCAAGAAGUUGUGGGAGUUCAGCGAGAAACAAGUUGAGCAGCUGGAGAAAGAAGGCGCUGUUCAGAGAGCUCUGGCAAAGAAGGAAGCGGAGCAGAAAAAAAAGGAGGCCGAAGCUUCUGACAACCCUGGCGCCACGACUCCUGCUUCAGCUGCUAAAAAGGAGGCCACCCCUGGAUCGAGAAGGAGCCGCAAGGCGAAAUAAAGGCAAAUCAAUGCUGAAAGAUUCUGGUGGAACAUUGAUAUCCUGGGGCAAUGGAUUGCAGAACUUGCUUGAGACUUCGACUCGGCACAUGGUACGCAUGAUUGUUAUGAUGCAAGGAUACACCCCUCGUAUCAUAUCAACUCGAGAACGAAUAGAUGAUACCUGCAAAUCUGACUCCUAGAGUACCGGGGUAACAUCCGUCCAUAUCUUCAAUACCUCGAAAUGCUGUAUAGGAAAAUAUUUCUGUGGUGACAUGGCUCCAAUCAUUGGCGGAAUACGACGUGCCUUCUAGUGUAUAGAAGCAUUUUUCGGCAGUGUUGAUUCUCAGUCUCUCAAGUCUUGUCACUCCACAGACUUACCGCAAAGCCCAAUCAUGGCGAUGGCAAUUCAACCAUUUCCCGAUGAAUGGGGGACAAAGAACAUGACGGUCGCGGUGCUGAUUCCGCGCCCCUCUGAAUUCUCAAGGCGGAAUGUUUGGCUUCUCUCCAUAUUUCCCCCGCCCGACGCAUGCAAUUCCGGAGACACACGCACCAUACAUCCUACAAUGGUCAGGUAUACGCCGGACAUGUCCCAUAUAUCUACA